UAAUGCUUAGUUAUGAGUUCAUUUGAUCGUUUUAUUUUUACGUGGUGCACUGAUAAAUUUGGUACUAAUGUCUCCUUACGUCGAAAAACACUAAUAAUCAUGUUGGUCAUUUUUCAACAGCAGACGCGAUCCUAAGUGGUGAAGACCGGAAGCGCUGGCAGUAGCGUCUCGUUUCCAAGGUAACAGCAGCGUUUCUCUUUACACUGGCAGGAUGUCCGAGCAGCGUGAAGAUCCUGAGCUUGACUACGAGAAAAACUUUACCAUUUUCUCCGAUUCUUCGGAACAGGAUGUGUCAUGCGCCAAAAUCUUCUGGAAUUCGGCGAUUCUACACCCUACACUGGAGUCGCGGCUGGUUUCGGGAGACAUUCGGCAAAGGUUGAAAGUGGCAGAUGGAAUACAGCCAAAUAGUUAUGCAGCCUGUGAAUCUCUUGCUGUUGAUCUCAAAAAUGAAGAGUUUAUGAGGAACGUAUUUCUGAAGCAGAAGAUCGAUGAAAGGUUGAUGUACAUGGAGAAGGCACAGAAAAGAGAAGAGAUCCUAGCUCUACUGAAGAAACAGAGAGAAGAGAGGAUCAAGAAGGAGAUGAUUUCAAGACCAUAUCAAAAAAAGAAAAAGACAGAAGGAGAAAGGUCAUUGGUGAAAGAUGACUCUGAGGAGAUUCAAGAGGCGAUACGGGCUGUCGCCGCACUGGACUAGCAGGAGAAGUGAAACAGGCAUCAGCGACUGAAUCUAUGGUUAUGUCACCAAAAUAUGUGUUAUUUAAAACAUUUUUUAAAUGAAAUUUAGAAUUGUUGUAUAAAUAUAUGUCGGAGAAAGCUCACAAAAAUAAAAUUAUAUUUUUGGAAACUUUG